AUGACGUCUGCCACACCUCCCUCCUCUCGUAGCUCCUCCCCUCAGAAGGUUUGCCACUCCCAGACACAGACGGACGUUUUGAAACCUUUGCUGGGCGGCGUUUCCGGAGCGGGCGGGACUCUGAGGAAGAGGAGGCGUGUUCUGUCGAAGGAUGGACGCAGCAACGUGCGGAUCGAGCACAUCACUGGAAGGAAUGCUCUGUACAUGCGUGACCUCUGGACGACGUUCCUGGACAUGCAAUGGCGCUACAAGUUCUUCCUGUUCAUUGCGACGUUUGCAGGGACCUGGUUCCUGUUCGGGGUGCUAUGGUACCUGGUGGCACUGGUGCAUGGAGACCUGCUGGAGUUCGACCCUCCGUCGAACCACACACCCUGCGUGAUGCAGAUGCAGACCCUGACGGGGGCCUUCCUCUUCUCCCUGGAGUCCCAGACAACCAUUGGCUACGGGUUCCGCUGCAUCACUGAAGAAUGCCCAGCGGCCGUCAUCCUCCUCAUUAUCCAGCUGGUCCUCACCAUGCUGAUGGAGAUCUUCAUCACUGGAACCUUUCUGGCAAAGGUUGCUCGACCCAAAAAGCGAGGGGAGACGGUCAAGUUUAGCCAACAUGCUGUGGUGUCCACGUAUGAAGGUCGCCCCUGCCUGAUGAUCCGAGUGGCCAACAUGCGCAAGAGCCUUCUCCUUGGGUGUCAGGUGAGUGGAAAACUGCUCCAGACGUCUCUGACCAAGGAGGGCGAGACGGUUCGUCUGGACCAGAGGAACGUCCCCUUCCAGGUGGACACAUCAAGUGACAGCCCCUUCCUCAUCCUGCCGCUCACCUUCUUCCACAUCAUCGAUGACAACAGCCCCCUGCGGGCCUGGGCAGCCAAGGGUGGGGGCUGGACAGAUCCAGAACUGGCUGACUUUGAGCUGCUGGUGAUCAUGAGCGCCACGGUGGAGCCGACCUCCGCCACCUGCCAGGUCCGCACCUCCUACCUGCCCGACGAGAUCCUCUGGGGCUAUGAGUUCCCCCCCGUAGUCUCCCUGUCCCCAUCAGGUAAAUACGUAGCGGACUUUGCCUUCUUCGACAAAGUGGCCAAGACCAAGACCACGCCCGUCUUCACACCAUCCAGCCCCCAGCACGUGUACCAGAGCAACGGGGGCGGGACAGUGGCCGACUUGUCCGAUCCAGAGAAGAUCCGUCUGGAGCAGAGCUACAGGGAGCGAGGGGAGGAGCGUGGCCGGGUCAGAGACACUCCUCUCAGUGUGCGCAUCAGCAAUGUGUGAGCAGUCGGCUGGAUGAGAAGGGAGAGACUGCAAGAAACGGACAAGUUCAGUGUCAACAGCAAAUCACUGAAACAUCAUAUCAAAGCAGCUUUGGACUCUGGCUUCUUUAGACGUUUUGGAACUUGUAUCAAAGAGAGAUUUGGUUUCUCAGUAGCACCAAAACACUCAGGAGGCUAGAGUGAACUGUCGACCACUGUAUGGCUUGUCAUACAUCUGCUGGGAUAAAACACUGUGUUGACUGUAUUCAUGUGAGGGCAUAACCCACUACCUAACAGCCACUACUACAUAUACUGAAUACACUGUUAAAGACGUAAUAGGUUGGAUUAUUUAUUAAAACAAAACAGGAAGGGUACAAAAACUCCACCUACGCUAACGCCCUACAGCCAAGCAAAUACUUAUAAAUACUUAAAUACUUAUAAAUAUCAAUCCUCCACACGUGCCUGAUUUUUUUCCAGGAAUCAAUCUCGGGGAAUUCAACGAAAUUCCACGAUCAAAUCCCUGAACUGAAGCUGCACCAAAAUUGAAUGGCUUCUUCCUUCAUCCAACUUUCAUUGCAAUCCGUCCUGUAGUCUUUGCAAGAUCUUGUUCAUGUACAAAAAAAACAUAGGAAGGAGAUAUAACCUCUUUGGCUGAGGUAACAUAACAAUAAAAAAAAAAAAAACGAGUUGAGUAGUAUUUUCCAGUGAUCCUGUUGGAAAACAGAGAGAGUGCAGAGAAGAUGGAAAGGAUUGGUGAGUGUUUGGGUUUUUACCAAAUCACAAUGAGGAAACAUUGACUGUUUCUCUUCCAUUGUAUCAAGGGUAGGCAGGUGCGUCAGGGGGGUGGGUGUUAAAGUUUGUGUGACAAAGUGAGCAGGAAACAUCCACAGAAACUUUGAAGAGUAAUACUAAUACUACUUCCAGCUAAUGUAAAUGUAUGAAAGAUAGACACGCAUAAUACAAACACACCACUCUACACAAAACUACAUCUAAAAAGUUAAAAUAAGCUUGAGCCUAGUUCUCUUCAGUUACAGAGAAAAGUCAGUAAAGAGGAAGGCAGCUAUAUAUACAACUCACCACCCUACCCACCCCACAACUUCCUCUCAGGAUGCUGAGAAGCAUCAGAUACCACUUGUAACGGAAAGCGCAUGUGGACCAUGUUAGUGUAGCCGUUUGAGAGUUGUCUUGAUAUCCUUAAUAAUUACUGCUGUUUCAAAACAGAACGUUAUAGCACUUUAUGAACAUUAUGUACAUUUGCACCUUAGGAGGGUUAGCUGCCUACGUGUGUUAGAGAGAUGUUUUUAAUACUACUCACAUAUUAAACAUUGAUUAUUUCACA